AUGACCCAAGGUGACAAGGUCGUCACACCUGAGCUCCCACUCUUGAUGGAUAAUGAGCCUGAUCAUGAUGCUAUUCGUCGUUAUGCUCGCUUGCAUCAUGGAAAGCGUUCCCCAUGUGGUGUCUGCCGAAAGAGAAACAGUGGGCUUGGAAUUAAAUGUGGCCAACGCCCCUACUGUGAACACUGGAACUUGUUCAAGGUCACCUCAUCUAUUAACGGUAAGGGCGUUGACCAGUCUGGUACCAGUAGCAAACCAGUUCCUGACCAGUCACACAAUGCUGAAAGUGACGAUGGUGAGGAGGGUGCUGCAGGUGAUACUGAAUGUCAUGGCGACAAAGAGUCUGAGGGCCCUGAUGAUGCAGAUGCAGAUGCAGGUAGACUGCGGCAAAACCAUGGACAACCGCGGAUAACCAAAACCGCAACCGCAAAUUUGCGGUUUUGGGGCUGA